AUGUCCGACUCUCUGAAGAAGAUCGCGCCCAACAGCCCCUCGAGGCAGAGCCCCUCCGAGAUUGAGACCAGCAUUGCUAACGCAAGUUUCUCCCCAUUGUGUCUGCCAGCUGCCUUGACUGAUCUCGAGAACAAUGUCCCGGACCUGAAGAGCUCCCUGCGCCCUCUGCAGUUUGUCUCUGCCCGCGAGAUUGAGGUUGGCCACGGUCGCAAGGCGAUUGUCAUCUUCGUCCCCGUUCCCCUUCUCCAGGGCUGGCACAAGGCCCAGCAGCGUCUCACCCGUGAGCUCGAGAAGAAAUUCUCUGACCGCCACGUCUUGAUCGUUGCCUCCCGCCGCAUCUUGCCCCGCCCCAAGCGCUCCAACCGCUCGCGCAGCUCCCAGACUCAGAAGCGCCCCCAGUCGCGAACCCUCACCGCUGUCCACGACGCGAUCCUGUCUGACCUCGUCUACCCUGUCGAGAUCGUUGGCAAGCGUCUUCGCACCCGUGAGGACGGCAGCAAGAUCCUCAAGGUCGUUCUCGACGAGAAGGAGCGUGGUGGUGUUGACUACAGGCUCGACACCUAUUCGGAGGUUUACAAGCGUCUCACUGGAAAGGGCGUCAACUUUGAAUUCCCUCAGAGCGCCGCUGAGUACUAG